ACCACUACGGCUAGUUCUAAAAUUUUAUAAAAAUGACUUGUAAACUAAAAAAAGAAAACUAUAAAUUAAAAGACAUUUCCCUUCUCGUACCGUAAUUAACCAUCACCGAAUCUCUAAUGCAAUCUUAUAUAACAAUUAUUAUACGACAUGAAUGCUUUAAAUUGAUAUUAAUAUAGCAAUACGAAAAUGAUUGAAAUCCAAAUAAAUUUCAUGCUUUUAACCACCAUGCGUUUAAAAAGUCUAUUUAGUAAUUAAGCAGUUAAAAAAUGUUAUAAAUGAUAGAAAUUACAUACAUACCUCACAUGGACCAUGCAUUGGCACAAGUAUUUAAUUGCUACUCUCAAAAUCCACCUCAAUAUUUUGCAGUUUCCAAAUAUUUUGAUAUUUAUAUUGAAAUAUGCAAAAAAAAUAAAUUAUUGCGAAAAGAUAUAUGCUUUCCGACUUCACAAUAUGCAACGCAAUAACAAAGUUUUAUACUAAAAAAAAAAACAAGAGAUCAGUUAUAUAGCAAGUUACUUUAGGAUUAGUCGUUUGGGGGAGAUCGGUAGAUGCUCCUGACCUAAUAAAAAAAUAAUGUAUCCACAAAAUCGUAAUCGAGUACCUAUUAAAAACUAAAAGAAAAACGCUUCUCAACAGGCACUACAGGACCAAUAAAUUUAGCCAAUCGCUGGCACUUAAAUAAUAAUACACUAUGCUAGACAUCAAUUAACAUUUUACUAAUGUAUUUCUACUAUAAGAAGCACCUGUCCCCUAUUUGUAUUUUGAGCCACAUUUCAUCGAUAGACAAAAUAUUUUCCAGAAACUUUAUUAAUAAAUAUGUUGAAUGAUUCAAGUCUUAUAUUAAUUCUUGAUCGGGAGUAAAAUUUGUUUUAGGAAACCAUUUUGAAAGGUACUAAGAACUAUAGGAUGAACUAUUUCGUUUCAAAAUAGAUUUAUACUUAGUAAGCCUAUGGAUCUAGUUUCACUCUUGCUUUAAAUUGCUCUACACCAUAAAUAAAUUUAUUCAAAUAUACAAAAAAUAUAAUUUUUUAGACCACGAGUAUUUUUAAAUCCAAAUUGCCUGCUUAUGGAGAGAUUAUAUUAUCCGAUUCCCAUAAAUCCAAAUGCCAAAUAUCUCUCCAAUUCCAUCUCGAAUGUUUUGUACAGCAUUCAGAAAUUUGAUCAAAACACACUUGCUUGGCCAACGUGCCAACCAAGAAAGGUCAUCGCGAGGUUUAAAAAGCGAUCGUCUCCGGAGGUUCCAUUAGCCGGAACUGCAUCUUCUGUGAUCCAAAAUAAAGGACGUUUUGUAUCAAGUGGUGACGCCAGGGCAGCGAAGAAAAAUACCUUCUAUCAAAUACUCCUAGCCAGUCAGGAUCAGCCGCCUUUUGAAGAGCCUCGCAGAUUUAAACGUAAAAAGAAUGAUGCCCAAUUUAAACGUGAUUCCAAAGAUGACAGCAUUUACAGUGAUAUAUACGAUAUAGUAAGGACACACAGUCAAUACAAAAGGCAACCCAGAUAUGAAAGUCCCCCCCCAGAGCGACAUAUAUCGAUUACUGAGACACCACCUGUAAUGGAAGUCUAUAAAAUUCGUCCUCUUGCUACUGAGAACAGAGAAACUAAGUCAAACCCCAAAUCGCCUAAAGUAAAAUAUCCAAAAGUAGAUAACUAUAAACUUCAAGAUAGAACCAAUGAGCUUUCGAAUUCCAAAGGCCCUCAGUCUAAGCCGAAAUCAUCAACAUCAAAAACUUCAAAGAAAGAGUUUAUAAAAUUCCUAUCAAAAGAUAAUAAGCUAAAAGCAGAAAUGCAUAGGUCAAAAUCACAUCCUACUAAAGAUAUAUCUAGAGGUCGGGAGAGAAUCAUUCAGACAAGUAUAAAAAAAGAUAAACUUAAAGAAAAAUCUAAGACUAAGUGCAAUUUUCCCGCCACCCAGGAUCCUGUUAAAGAUGUCCAAGAGGUCCGAGAGAGAUAUGAGAAGACCAGAUACCGCAAAUCGUUAGAGAGCAGAAAAUCCAGUAUAGACUUGGGUAUGACCGCAGAAAUGUAUCAAGAGAAAUUAAGGAGGGUCAAGCAAUUCCUGAAUCGCGAAGAUAUUUUUGAUGGCACUCAUACUGGCUCGUCUUCAAUGUCAAUUGAUAUUGAGGGAAUACAAGACCGCGACUUACUGCUUUAUCCCUACCCGGAAAUAUAUGAAAAGAAGAUAAAUGUAACAAUAGAAAAGGAAUCCAAUGUGAAUGAAAAGAUAGUGACUGAAUCAAAAGUAAAGUCGAAACCACCAGAUGGGGAGAUUGAGAAUGUAAUAACAAAUGAAAGAAAAACCGCUUGCAUUAUGUGUCGAACGAUAAAACGAAGUCCUGCAGAUGAAGAAGCCCCAUUUAUGGAGGCGAUGAGAAAGGAACAAAGACGGCGCGAAUUAUUGGCAUAUCGAGCAAAUAUUGAAACCCAGGGUGAACCUUGUAAAAUAUCAGUACCUUUGGAACGGUCGGAUCAAUACAUAAGAACGGGACCCAUUAGCUUAAACGAUCUCAGCAGAAAGGAACUUUACUCUCUGGAGAGCAGAACUAUACUUUUUAGCGAACAACGAAAUUUCAUCAGUUUCCCUAAGAAAAGUAAUCAAAUUAUUUUCCUCGGCGAAAGUGAUUCCAUUACGUUCCUCAAGAAAUGUAAUUCUAUAACUUUUCCCAAGGAGAGUAAUUCCAUUAUUUGCUUUUAG